AUGGGUGCAACAGAUACCAAAUUUCCAAUCCGCUACGAGGACCCAGAGUACCAGUUGAACCACCGCAAUCUCUUCUCUGGAGUACUUCUAUCUCCUUUGGAAAAUGUGCUUCCACCGGGCGUGAGCCAGCAACAGUUCGACGAGGCAGUCACAGACUUCGAAAAUGCAGUCGGCAGGGACCAUGUCUUCCGGGGCCAGUCCCUUGAAGAGUAUGUUGACCCGUACGAGCUAUGGGAAAAGGAAGGCAAGCGGAAGAUGCCAAGUGCGGCCGUGUGCCCGGCAUCAAUUGAUGAAUUACGAGCAGUGCUGGCGAUAGCGAACCAGCAUGGCAUUCCCGUGUGGACAUUCUCACGCGGCAAGAACCUUGGAUAUGGCGGACCGGCACCAAGACUCAACGGAUCUGUCGCAUUGGAUCUUCAUCGCAUGAAUCGUAUCAUUGAGGUCAACGACAAGUUUUCGUACGCUGUUGUAGAGCCGGGCGUCACUUUCACUGAUCUAUACCUGUACUGUGCAAAGCACAAGCUUCGAGUUUGGCCGAGUGUGCCCUCGUUGGGCUGGGGAAGUGUGGUUGGAAAUACGGUUGAUCGAGGAACCGGCUUCACCCCGACAGCGACCCAUCAUCAACAUAUCAGCGGGAUGGAGGUCAUGCUCGCAGACGGCGAUGUUGUCCGCACAGGUCAAUUUGCCAUCUCAAACUCACCUUCGGCGCACUUGUCCAAGUUCAGUUUCGGUCCCUCGAUCGAGGGUCUCUUUCUGCAGAGUAAUCUCGGCGUCGUCACUAAGAUGGGCAUAUGGCUUCAUCCCCAACCUCAGGCGUACAUGUCUUGCUCAUGGGACAUGCCCAACUUCGAAGAUGUUGAGACGAUUGUUGACAUAUUCGGCGACCUGCGGAGAGAUGGGUUGCUCCCGAACACGGUGUACGUCUCGAAUAUUGUCGAAUGGCUCGGUAUGACAGGCAAGCGUGCAGAGUUGUGGCCAGAAGAGGGACCGAUCCCAGACUGGAGACUUCGAGAACUGCAGAAAGAGCUCGGCUUCGGGUACUGGAACGUCAAGUUCGGCCUAUACGGUGCGAAGGAUGUGGUGCAGUCUCAUUUCAACGAGCUCAAGAGAAUCAUCCGCAAGAAAGCUUCUGGUCAUGAAGAUCGUCUGGUCGGUCAAAUCUUCUCCGGAGAAAACGAUGAACUGCUAGAAGCAACGUCCAUACCAGAACCGCAUGGUGGAUUCUUCGUCGGCGUGCCGAGCUUGUGGAGUCUGCCCAUGGUCAAGUACCGGCUGCCGAAGGAGAAAGCGGGCAUUGGUGCUCAUGCAGACUACUCUCCCAUUAUUCCCUCCGAUGGCAAGACUGUCCUGGAAUGGGUAACGACAGCUCGGAAGAUCUGCGAAGCUCAAGGAUUCGACCUGUUCUGCGACUUCUUCAUGCAUGAACGGCAUGUCAUCUUCGUCAACAUGAUGGUGUUUGACAAGUCCAACCCGGAGCACCGACGAGCAGUUGAUACCAUUUUCCGCAGUCUGUACGAGGAAGGCCGGCAGAGAGGUUUCAGCAAGUAUCGAUCGCACAUAAACUAUAUGGAUCUUGUCGCGGAUGCGUACGAUUUCAACGACCACGCGUAUCGAAGGUUCGUGGAGAGGCUGAAGGAUACUGUUGAUCCGAACGGGAUUCUGUCGCCUGGCAAGCAGGGUAUUUGGCCAGCGAAGUAUAGGAAGUUCAGGGAGAAAUUGUAA